AACUGUAUUUAGACUAUGGAUUAACACUAUGGUAAUUUCAAAAAUUGACGAUGGGUAUUAAAGAUUUGUGGAAUUUACUCACGCCAUACUGCGAGAAAAAGCCGCUUUUUGAACUGAAUGAAAAAGCCGUUGCUAUCGAUUUAUCCGGCUGGGUUUGCGAAAGUUUGAAUGUAGUUGAUUAUUUUGUCCAUCCCCGGUUUUAUUUAAGGAAUUUAUUUUUUCGUACAUGCUAUUUGCUACAAACAGGAAUAAUUCCAGUUUUUAUUUUGGAAGGUACCGCUCCUCCUCUCAAAUAUGGAGUUAUAAUUAAACGGAAUCAAAUGCAAUUUCGUGGUGCUCGUCCAAAAAAGACUCAAAAUCAGGAAGUUGCCAAAUCGAAAAAUGCAACAACGGAACAGAAGCGCAAUCGGUUUCAUCAUGUUUUAAAACAGUGUGAAGAGCUGCUCAGUUCACUGGGCUUGUCUUGCGUGCAGGCACCUGGGGAGGCGGAAGCACUCUGUGCUUAUUUAAAUCAUGAUAACUUAGUGUACGGUGUCGUCAGUCAAGAUUCCGAUUGCUUUGCAUACGGAGCAACUAGAGUUUUUCGAAAUUUCUGUGCUUCUCAGAAUGGAGGAUCUGUGGAGGUGUAUGAUCUGAUCAGAAUUCGCGAGUCUAUAGAUUUGGGACAGGAGAAGAUAGUAGCGAUGGGCAUUUUGUCUGGUUGCGAUUACUGUCCAACUGGUGUUCCAGGUGUGGGACGAGAAACUGUAAAUAGAUUUUUAAGAUGCUAUAAAAACCAAGAUAUACUGGGUCAGAUACGUUCGUGGAGACAAACAGCAGAUAGGUUAACGGAAUCUGAGAUGAGAGUACAAAAUAAAGAUGUUUGUGCCGAUUGCGGUCAUUACGGCAAAUUACUAGCUCAUCGUCGCGUAGGUUGUCAAGAAUGUAAAACUAGAGAGGGAUGUGAUCUGUCUCGAUGGCAACAGCAACGAUUGAAUGUUAAAGCGGAGAUGGAUAUCAAGCGAAAAGCUGUCCAGAAUCCAAACUUUCCUCCAGAAGCGAUCAUAAAUGAGUUCAUGACCCGGCCUUGCGAAAUGCCAAUACUUGAUCUACACUGGAAGCAGCCGAAUCUGGUGAAAUUUGUUCGACAGGUAUGCAAUCUCCUGCAAUGGGAUGAAAUCUACGGGUUUCAAAAAAUAUUGCCGCUUCUUACCAGGUGGCAAAUAGUAACGCUUAGCACUAACCAUGCUCACAGUUCAUGCAUUGCACUAGAGCCAGAUUACAUAAAAAAGAAACGCUCGCCUAAAGGUGUGACGAGUUACGAAAUCAUUUGGAAAAGUCAAAACUCUUGUUUUUCUGGUUUGAUUCCGGACGAUCAAAUUCAAACGUUUUUGAGUGAACCGGGCAAUACACUGGAAUCACUUUGGAGUACUAUAGAACCGGAAAACUUGGUUGCAACUGCUUUUCCGGCAUUAGUCGAAUCAUUUUUGGCUUCCAAAGUGAAAAAAACUAAAACGAAAAAGCUUGGUGAUGGAAACCGUAAAAAGCGUCAAGCCAUGAAACCUCAGGAUGCCAACCAAAAACGGUUGGAUGAGUUUUUGGGUGCAAUCGUAGAUCAACCGGCGAAAACUAGUAAUAGUGAUUGCGAGGCUGAUGACGAAAAUGAUUUAGAAUCGAUCAAAAACUUGUCAUCACUCGUGACGACUAUUCACGAAACUGCUGGAAACGGUAUUUUAAAUGACACAAAGCAACGCGCGAUUUUCAACAUGUCUGUCGAUUCUGUUGACCUAGACAAGAUAGCUCUCGAUUCGCCGGAAGACAGGGAUUUUAUGAAUGUAUCAGAAAUAGUCGACCGAGUGUGUGAUUCGAACUAUGGAAAUAAUUUGUUGACUUUGGGUGAAGACGUAGCCGAUUUGGCCUCGAUCAUCUACCAAAUGGACAGUGGUAAUAACGAUGCAGUUGAAGAGCAUAUGACUGUUCAACAUAGACUACUGUUAAAGCAAGAUGUAAUCAAUCACGUUGUUACUAACGACUCUGCUGAUCAAUCACUGCUGAAUAGUUCAUUGCGACCGAGAAAAAGAAUGAGCUUUUUUUUCGAGCCUCUGGAUGUCCCACCACCUGAACUGCAGGACAAUUAUAAUGAGAUGGAUAUGUUCGAGUGUUCUCUAAUGCUAAAAGACCAAAUCGUACUGCCUGUCUCAGAUGAACUGAAUCAAACCGUAAUAUAUGAUAUAGAUUUCUAA